GAGAGAGAAAGAGAGAGAAGGGAGAAGUCUGCUAUUACAGAGUACGUCCGUGGCCACCGAGCACAGCCCGAUAUGGAGCAAUCUCAGAUUUCCAUCCGCCCAAAUCGAGAAUAUACGCCCGCGCCACCGCUCGAACGGGCAACUCUCGGCGUCGUCGGGCGUCGCGACGGAGAUGGUAGCGCUUCUCGGGGUUGGUGCUUGGCCCGUCGUACUAGUAACAGUGCCAAAAGUGCCUCAAAACGGUCCAUGCUCCUUCCUUCCAUCACACGUUCCUUCUUAUCUCUUUCUCUCUCUCUCUCUCUCUUUCUCUUUCUUACAUACACACACAACACUCUUACUCUCUUACUUACUCUCUCUCUCUUAUUCACUGUCUCUUUCUCUCUCCUCUCUCUCUCUCUCUCUUCCUUCGUCUUCAUCGUCUUCUUCUUCUUCUUCUCCUUCCUUUCCUCUCAUCUCCCGCAGUGAGUCCAUCGAAGACACGUGCUCCGCGUUCUCAUAUCACCUUUCUUCUUCCUUCCCUCAUCCCUGAUCCACACGACUCAUCUCGAAGGUGGGGGAUCGUCUCAUCCCUACAGAGGGUCGCUCAGUGUUCCUCUUUCUUUGUACAUCGAUGAUCUCGUCGCGAAUACGUUCUCAUCGUCGUUAUCUUCGUUGUCGUUGUCGUUGUCGUCGUCGUUAUCGUUGUCGUUGUCGUUGUCGGUGACUGACAACAAGUGGUCUGAGAGAGCCGGGGUGAUCUCAUUUACCGUUUAUUUAGUGACUGGCUAAUAUCGAUCAUUAAUAUUGUUUCAUUUUUUUUUCUUUCGUUACGACGAAGAAGAAAUAGAAGAGGAGAAGGGAAAUCGUUUUUCUUUCCUUCUUUCUCUUCUUUUUUCUUUUUUUUUUGGAGAGGGUUUUUUAACCUUCUCCCAAAUUACUAUAGGUCCUAUCUUCAAGGACCUUGAUAAUUAAAUCGAGACAAGUGUUCGUACGAAGGACGAUACGUUCAUGUUGCCAGAAAGCAACUUUCCCGUUACAGGGGGCACUAUGCAAACCGAGGAAGUCGUGCCUCGUGCACAAUCAACUGGCAUAGACUUGGCCCUAACGGACAACAAUUUGCAGCAUCAUCUGCAUCAUCAUCACUCAGCGCAAAUCAAGUGCCCAUUGGCGCCUCUCGCACAUAUGGCCGUUAAGCAAGAACCUCAGGAGGAGGAGGAACGUAGUCGCGAUACCAGCACGUUGAGUCCGCAAACGGACACGAGUUCCGUGCAAGUGUCGCUCGAUGGUAAACAUGGAAACGAGCAACAAUCCGUCCACCAUCGUCAGCUUCAAACGUUGGAGGAUGCUCCCGGUCAAACAUGUGCUUCAGAUCAAAGUAACAGGAGUAGAAGCAGCCGUGGCAGACGAAAGUCACGAUGGAAACUCAAAUUCCAUCAUCAGGCAUUACCGCCGGAGUAUCUGGACCAUUACGAGGCAUCUCUUGCUCAAGAGGCAUUAAAUUCAUCCUCACCGACUCACACGAGCGAACAAACAGCACCGAGUCCGGCACCUACGAGUGCCACGUCCACGCCUAGUCCAAUCGCCGACGUUCACGGUUGGUUGCAACGUAUAGCUGCCAUGCAACAAGAACUCUGUCCCCAAACGGUGCAACAACAAUGUACGAACUUUAAUUCCGGUCAAUCUUCGGCCUCGAGACGAUCAGUGAUCACUUCGACUUCUUCCCACGCUUACACUGUACCCCAUCACCAUCAUCACCACCACCAUCAUCAUCAUCACAAUCACGGACACGCUCAACAAUCGUCCCAGCAGACAUCCACGAGGCCACCAAUGAAGUAUUCCGAUCUACCUUACAUGGGUGAAAUUACGCUCGACAAUAGUAAACCUCGGAGAGGACGUAAACCAAAAAAGGCAGACAUUUGUCAUUUGAUUUACAAGAAUUAUGGUACUAUAUUGCCAGGUACACCUGGCCACGAAGAAAAAAGGCUCUCUCCUCAAGAAAAACCUGAUUGUCGGGAUCAGUUACCACCUCAGAUACCAUUUCAACGAACGGACGUUCAGAAUAGGAUCAGUAGUCUUUUAGAAAAACGUCUUACUCAAGAGACCAGGCGGAAUUUUGUCUUGACGGAUACUACGAACGAGCAGGACGAACCGUUGAAUCUCUGCAUCAGAGAUCUCAAUCAGUUGAAGAUCAGGUUACUUCGGAAGCAUGGAAACGUUUACGAGUCCGGACAGGUGAAGAGUGAAGCUUCGAGCGACGGGGAAGACAUCGAGUGUUUGGGCACGACCUUUCCAAAUUCUUCCAAUCGCUUAGUAGAUUCAACGAAUCACAUCAACAACAACGUUAAUCACGGAUCCGACGGAUCUGCGGAUCCAAUGAUUACACCAAAUCCAGGAUUCGUGUAUUUCCCAAACGCUGGUGUUUUCAUACAUCCGAUGGCCCUACAAUCGCAAUUGCUCUAUUAUCAAAAGAUGGCCCAGAAUGACAAGUGCUUUCCACGCGGUAUAGAAUAUUCUCAGAAAGAACAAAAAAUAGUGCCGAAAUCAAUAUACUCGAUGAUGGACACGAAGAGUUCGAGUUCGGUUUCACCAACUACGCCAACUACGCCAACGCAACAGUCUCAAACAGUUCCAGUUUCAGCUCCGUUAUCGCCCAGGCCUAAGAGAAAUGCACCGGUUACUCAACAUCAGGGACAACCGACGAAACGUAAACGUUCGGCGAUCUUUAUCCCGCCGAUGCCUUCGGAGAAUAACAACAAUCCUGCUACCGAGGUGAGCAUAUGUAAAUUCAAGUUCACCGGUGGUGCCAAACCGAGUUUGCAAGAGAAGAAAAGCCUUUCCGUGGAUUCAGGUGGUAAUUUUAGAUACUACAGUGGCACCGGUGACAAAAGUAUGCGCGGUUACGAGUUCUUUCCACGCGAAGCCCUUCAACAACAAGCCGGCCAAUCUGGGUCUUCAGCGGGAGCGUUUUUAAAUGCGUCUGGCGAGAGAGUCCAACCACCGGUAGUUUGUCCACGUUCUAACAGCCAAGAAGAUGGCCGUCGCAAACGAAAGACCAGGAAAUCUCUUCAAAGGGAGAAACUUGAACAGACAUUCAAGGAAAAGGGCUUCCUCAUUCAAACGCAACAAUUGGAAUCCGCGGAAGGUGCUACCUAUUGUAAAUUCCGUCAAUUAAGAAAAUUCACGAGAUAUUUGUUUCGAAGUUGGAAGGACUAUCUUCCUGGUAAUGUGCGCGAGUUAUCUAACAACGGGGAGAGUGAUAUCGUUGAUGGUGACGUUGAGACCGACGCCAGAAUCGUAUCGUCUCCUGUACCUCAUACGAAUCACGACGCGUCGUCGCCUACGUACGUCGACGAUCAUCGGACUCUUCCUUUAACGUGAACGUUAUGAACUAUCCUAAAGUGUCUCGUCCUUCGAACUCUCAAACACGUAAUGGAGUUUAUUUUCUUGCGGCGAUAUACGAACGGCUAUGAAAAUAUGCAGCAGUGGAACUUUAUGAUGUCGAUAAGUCAUAACUAUCUCUAUCUCUUUCUAUCUGUCUGCCUGUCCAUUUGUCUGUUUGUCUGUUUGUCUGUCUCGCUCUCUCUCUCUCUCUCUCUAUCCCCCACUCCCCCCUCUCGCUCUUUCUCUCUUUCUUCGCUUCCUUCGUUCCACUUGUACGCUGUUGCAUUUACAGUGUCCGUGGAAUCUUUGAAAACUGGAGAGGAAUUUUACGAUCGGUUUACGUUCGCGACUUAUCGACUGAUUUGCGAUUACGUGAGAAUUUUCCUAAUUAACGGUUAGAAUAAUUCAUUGGAAAAAGAGGGAGGGGAUGAGGGCUAAAGAGGGAGGGAACUUCUUGUAUUAUCUGUGAUGCGUAUCAAAACGAAUUUCGAAGAUUUUCUCCGCGUCGUUGUGUAUAUUAAAUAUAAAAAUAAAUUAAUUCAGAAAUAUCGUAUUAAUUAAUCGUAAUAAAAGAAUAUGUCGAUGUAAAUUAAGUAAACGAGAUCAAACGCGUGCUUUCGUGAAAAAGUGAAAAGUAACGAUGAACGUUACGAGAUUAGAUAUACGAAUUUUCCUCUUUCCCCUUUUUUUUUCUCUUUCUUUCUUGCUCUUCUUCUUUGCAUCUUUCUAUCUUGGAUUCGUUUAACGAGAAAACACCGAUGUAAAAUCGAUAGCAGCUUUGUGCCAAAGAUGGGAGACUGGAACGUAUGUAUGCGUGUGUGCGUGUGCGUGUCCCGUGCGUCUAUGUACGUACGAGACACGUACGUAAGAAAAAAUACAAAACAAAACAAAAAAAAAACAGAAAAAUAAUAAAAAGAGUUAGAGAAGAACGUGUUAACCAAAGAACGAUGGUGUGUCUCAAGACUUGUCGUUGUAUGACGACGACAACUUCGUGACAGAGAAAGUGAAAGUCGAAAGAAUUUUUCGUUCGUAGGAGUUGGGAUUAUUGUAAAUAAAGAAAGGAAGGGAAACAAAAAAGAAUAAACAAGAAAAAGAAAAAAGAAAAUUGAAAAAAGAAAAGAAAAUUCUUCCUUUUUCUUUCGAAUAAAAAGUUAAUUUACAAAGUUCCGAGGGAAGUGCAUUUUUCGAUGUUGUUGUUGUUGUUUUCUUCCGAGUGCGACCCAGAGUGAGACUUUAACGAUAAUAAAUACGCGACGUUCUUAUUUUUGUUUAUCGUAUUUUUGUAAGACUAUAUCGAAUAUCGUAUUAAUCGAUAAACGCAGUCUAACGAAAUCUAGUCCUAUUUAUACUCUUGUUAAAUCAAAAGCGCAUCGUUUUUUAUUAUUAUUAUUACUAUUAUUAUUAUUAUUAUAUUAUUAUUAUAUUAUUAUAUUAUAAUUAUUAUUAUAAUUUGAUUAUAGUUAUAAUUAUUAUAGUUAUAAUUAUAAUAAUUAUUAUUAUUAUUAUCAUUAUUAUCAUUAUUAUUAUUAUUAUUAUUAUUAUUAUUAUUAUCAUUUAAUGAAUAUUUAUACAAUUUCGUUCACACGCACCUAUAAAAGCCGCUAAAUAAAGCACAUUAUCUUUCGCUGAUUAUAAUAAUAAAUGUAUAUAUGUGCGAUACAAUAUCACGCAUGCCUGAUUAUUUGCGAGAAGAAAAGAAGUAAUAGAAAUAACGUUAAUUGCGAUAAGUUAACGAUGCGUUAUUUAGACAAAUGUUGUGCGACGUGCAAACAAAAGAUAUAUGUGUAUACAUACAUACAUACAUACAUAUAUAUAUGUAUAUAUAUAUUACGUAAAUAUUACAUAUAUAUUACAUAUAUAUACAUAUAUGUAUAUAUUUUACAUAUAUAUAUAUAUAUAUAUAUAUAUAUAUAUAUAUAUACGCCGUACGAGUUAUAAUUUAUGUCGUAGAUAUUAAACAAAUCGUACGACUUGUACAUGUUGUUUUCGAAAUUGUUUAUGAAAGAAAAGAAGAAGGAGAAAAAAGAAAAAAAAUUAAAAAAGAAUUAAUCCUACCUGCGUAACAUCAGGAACCGUCCUUCCCAGGUAUUAAAUAUGUUUUAGCAAAAAAAAGGACGUUUAUUUUUUUUUCUUCUAUUUUCUUCUUUUUAUUCUUUUACAUAGCCUCCUCUUAUCGCCUGUAAGAAAGAAAAGUUUCGAAGGUUCUUCUAGGUUAAAUAGACAAGCUGAAAAUAAACGAUUUUUAAAUUGUUA